AAUGAGUUCCUAUUUUGUUAACUCAACUUUUCCCGUGUCUCUACCGGGAGGACAGGACUCUCUCCUGGGUCAGAUACCGCUCUACUCCUCGGGAUACACGGAUCCGUUAAGACACUACUCCAGCGCGGCCACAUAUGGAGCAGCAGCCAACAUGCAGGACAAGGUUUACCCGGCGUCCUACUACCAGCAGACGGGCGCCGCGGCCAUCUACGGCCGGGCCGGUGGCGGAUCCGCCUGCGACUACAACCCGGUGGGGACUUUCUACAAGGACGCGGAGGGUUCGUGCGCCUUCUCGAGCCGCGAGGACCAGCCGCUGUUCGUCACGCAGGAGCUCCAGCAGCGCAAAGCCGAGUGCGCGGAGCAGAGCGUCGGCCUGGGCGGCGGCUUGGACGACAAGUCCUCCACUCUCAUCUACCCGUGGAUGCAGAGGAUGAACGCCUGCUCCGCCGGCCCGUUCGGCAGCAGCGGCCGCAGGGGCCGACAGACCUACACCCGCUACCAGACCCUGGAGCUGGAGAAGGAGUUCCACUUCAACCGCUACCUGACCCGGAGGCGCCGGAUAGAGAUCUCCCACGCCCUGUGUCUGACGGAGAGACAGAUCAAAAUCUGGUUCCAGAACCGCAGGAUGAAGUGGAAAAAGGAGAACAAGCUCAUGAACCCCUCGAAGACUCCGGAGGAGGAGGAGGAGCAGGCGGAGAAGAAGAGCUGA